AUGAGUUCCCUCCGUUUCCUCGAUCUGGUCAAGCCGUUCGUGCCGUUCCUCCCAGAGGUUCAGCAGCCGGAGACCAAGAUCCCCUUCAACCAGAAGCUGAUGUGGACCGCCCUCACGCUCCUCAUCUUCCUGGUCAUGAGCCAGAUGCCCCUUUACGGCAUCGUGUCCUCCGACAACUCGGACCCUCUAUACUGGCUGCGAAUGGUCAUUGCGAGUAACCGUGGAACCCUGAUGGAACUGGGUAUCACCCCCAUCAUCUCCUCGGGCAUGGUCUUCCAGCUCCUCGCCGGUACCCACAUGAUCGAUGUCAACCUCGACCUCAAGUCGGACCGCGAGCUCUACCAGACCGCCCAGAAGCUCCUUGCCUUCAUCCUGUCCGCCGGUACCGCCACCGUCUACGUCUUCAGCGGUCUCUACGGUCCUCCUUCCGACCUCGGUGCCGGUAUCGUCUUCCUCCUGAUCCUCCAGCUGGUCGUCGCCGGUAUGAUUGUCAUUCUCCUCGAUGAGCUCCUCCAGAAGGGUUAUGGUCUUGGCAGCGGUAUCUCGCUGUUCAUUGCCACCAACAUCUGCGAGUCCAUCAUGUGGAAGGCUUUCUCUCCCACCACCAUCAACACUGGCCGUGGUCCCGAGUUUGAGGGUGCCGUUAUUGCCCUCUUCCACCUCCUCAUGACCUGGCCCAACAAGCAGCGCGCUCUCCAGGAGGCUUUCUACCGCCAGAACCUCCCCAACAUCAUGAACCUCCUGGCCACCCUUGCCGUCUUCGCCGCUGUCAUCUACCUCCAGGGCUUCCGCGUCGAGAUCCCCGUCAAGUCCUCCCGCCAGCGUGGUGCUCGUGGCUCGUACCCCGUCCGCCUGUUCUACACCUCCAACAUGCCCAUCAUGCUGCAGUCCGCUCUUUCUUCCAACAUCUUCCUUAUCAGCCAGAUGCUCUACUCCCGUUUCUCUGAGAACCUCCUUGUCCGUCUCUUCGGUGUCUGGGAGGCCAAGGACGGUUCCUCGCAGCUCCACGCCGUUUCCGGUCUUGUCUACUACAUGUCUCCCCCUCAGAACCUGAAGGAGGCUCUCCUCGACCCCAUCCACAUGAGCGCCUACAUUGUCUACAUGCUCGGUGCCUGCGCCCUCUUCUCCAAGACCUGGAUUGAGGUUUCCGGCUCCAGCCCCCGCGACGUUGCCAAGCAGCUCAAGGACCAGGGUCUUGUCAUGGCUGGUCACCGUGACCAGAGCAUGUACAAGGAGCUGAAGCGCAUCAUUCCCACUGCCGCUGCCUUUGGCGGUGCCUGCAUUGGUGCGCUCUCGGUCUCCAGCGACCUCAUGGGCGCCCUGGGCUCCGGUACCGGUACUCUCCUUGCUGUCACUAUCAUCUACGGUUACUUCGAAAUCGCCGCCAAGGAGGGAGAUCUUUCCGGCAUGAAGGGCAUGAUUAUGGGCUAA